UGGUUAUUCAUGGUUUGGCAGGCAGGGAGGAUGUGUUGGUGAAAUCCGUCGCCGGAGAGCCGUGCAUGGUCGGAAACCGGGCUGAGGACAUCGGGUGGCACCGCACGGCAAGUGGGGAGAAAAUCUGCCUCCUUUCCGCCGCGCUUUCCAAUCCCACCACCACCACCACCACCAGUAUUUACGGCCGGCCGCCUCGGCACCGGCGCACCACCACGCUGCCACCCAUCUCCUGCUGCCUCCCUCCGCCCGCCCGAGAGCGGCCAUGCAACUGCAACUCCUGGAGCUAGCGCGCGAGUGAAUAAACAAGGCAAGGGAUAGCACCAAGCCACACGGGCCGAGGCGAAAAGUAGCGAGGAGGCCCGGAAAGCGGCGGUGCCGGGGCGCCGGAGCCGAGGCCUCCCUCCCUCCCUGCCGUGCCGGCACGGCGCGCCGAACCCCCCGCCGCCACCUCGAUCCUUCCGUUUCCACUCACCAACCUUCCUUUUUAAGCGCCCUCACUCCCUGUCCCCCCGCUGCUGCGCCUGCGCUCUCUGCCUCUCCUCAUCAGUCGCCUACCGGCCGACGCGCCGCCAGAUCUGCGCGCCGGAGGAUUCCGCCCGCCGAAUCCAUGGCGCGGCCGCUCGGCCUCGUCCUCGCCAUCGCGCUCCUCGCCGCCGUAUCAGUGGCUCUGCUCCCUCCUGUCAGCGCCGCCGCGGACAACGACGACUACGCCCACUGCGAGGGGGCUGUCAAGAGUUGGGCGGACUCGGCUGCGGAGGGCGACGAUGGCGCAGACAAGCUCAACCUCAAGGAUUUGCUCUUCUUCCUCCACAUCCCUAGAACCGGUGGCCGUGCCUACUUCCACUGUUUCUUGAAAAAGCUAUAUACGGGUGCUCAGGAAUGCCCCCGUUCCUACGAUAAGCUACGGUUCGACCCGAGCCAUCCUGAUUGCAAGCUGGUUGUAAGUCAUGAUGACUACAGCUUAACUUCCAAGCUGCCAAAGGAGAGGACUUCCGUGGUGACAAUCCUACGGAAUCCAGUCGAUCGUGUGUUUAGCACGUAUGAGUUCUCGGUUGAAGUUGCAGCCAGGUUUCUUGUGCAUCCGAACUUAACGUCUGCAAAGUCAAUGACCACCCGUCUGUUAAAAAAAACACGCGGUGUAAGUACACUGGAUAUAUGGCCUUGGAAGUACUUGGUUCCAUGGAUGAGAGAAGAUCUUUUCGCCAGGCGAGAUGCUAGAGGAAUUGACAAUACGCGAAGCAGCAACAAGGUUAAUCCAUAUGAUGUGGACGACAUGGCUAUGCCAUUACACCAGUACAUCAAUGACCCUGUUGCCCAUGAAAUCAUUCAUAAUGGAGCUACCUUUCAGGUUACUGGGCUAACAAAUAACUCUUACUUUGAUGGAGCACACAUGGUCCGGCAUUGUGUUAGAAAGCACCCUGAUCUUGGUCGUUUUGUGCUUCAAGUUGCUAAGAACAGGUUGGACCGUAUGCUGUACGUAGGACUUACAGAGGAUCAUGAAGAAUCUGCGAGGUUGUUUGCUCAUAUGGUAGGAGCACAAGUGCUUUCACAGUCUGGAAUUUUGAACUUGGAUAUCCAGGAAGAUCCACCCAGUGGCACCGACCCUCACUCGUCCAUGCUGGAUCAAGAGGAUGAAGAAACAAAUGAACAUAUGAAUAGCACUGAUGGUUGGAGCAGUAAUGAUGCUCUGAACAGUACUGACGAUGAUCAUGGGAAAGGAAAUAUGACUGUUGGUAAAUUAAUGGAAACUUAUGAGAGUUGCAUUGCCAGUCUGCGGAAGUCCCAAUCAAACCGUCGCAAAAUAUCCCUUAAAAAGGUUGCGGAGGCAAAUUUUACUAAGGCGGCACGGCGUCAGGUACCUGAGGCAAUUCUGAAGCAAAUUAUCUCAUUGAACAGCCUUGACAUGGAACUCUAUGAGCAUGCUAAGAAUAUUUUUACACAAGAGCAUCUUAUGCUAAAAGGGCAGCAUCCUGUGGUGGUGCAAGACAAACAGUUGGGAGCUCAAAAGGACUGGAUAGAUACGGUCUGCGAUUCCUGGAAUUGCUCUACCUGGAAGGUUGUCGCUCUUGGUCUUGGGAUCGCUGUGACCACUGUUUUUAUUGUGUUUGCUGUAACGAGUAGAAGAACAUUAAAACUUAAGAUUUGAUAAUGAUAUUGGGAGAUAACCCCUACUUUUUUAUGUACAGUUGGAUGUUGCCCAGGGAUCUAAA